AAAAUAAUCCACUGGGUUAUUGUGGAUUGUACUUAAAAUAAAGUGCAACUACGUCGUGCUUGGAUCGUAUUACGUCGUUGAUAUGAAAACACCGCUGCAAAUGUAUUCUGAAGGACGGAUGUGAUCGACGCAUAGAUUGAUUAUUUUGAUGAUAAGAAAUCGUCUUAGCGUUGAGAGCGCGUUAAGACACAUCGCACCACAGAUCAAUAAUUAUUAUUCGCAUUUGCCGAUAUCCGAGAAAACGGUCUACCAAGAGGAGUAAUCUCUUAACGUGUACCUCUGACAUUUCGUAAUUCCGAUGGCACUGACAGGACCCGAUUUGUCGAAAGUUCCGGCUCCUUUAAAAGCCAUACAGCAAUAUUUAACUGUCGCGUCGAAGCACGACCAGCGAGAUAACGUUGUCAGUUAUUGGUGUCGCCUUUAUGCUCUUCAAACUGGAUUAAAGUUGUCAACCAAGACAUCGGAAGAGACCAAUUUUCUUCUGAAGCUAAUGGACUGGCUGGAAACAACGAAAAAACAGCAGCACGACAACGAAGCUAUCACCAACGACGUUGCUGCUCAAGCGCACUUAGAAAAUUGGGCGUUGAAGCUCUUUUUAUAUGCCGACAAGAACGAUAGGGCCGCAAACUUUUCUAAGAACGUAGUACAGAGUUUCUAUACCGCUCAGAUACUGUACGAUGUAUUGACACUGUUCGGGGAAUUGAGCGUGGAGGCGAUGCAAAAUCGGAAGUACGCCCAAUGGAAAGCGGCUUACAUUCACAAUUGUCUAGCGAACGGAGAAACUCCAGUGCCAGGGCCGAUGAAAGAAACAGAUGACGAAGAUGAUUCGAACACAGCUGGGAAUGACGAUGAUGGAGAGCCUGAAUCAAAUGCAAAACCUGAAAGUCCUAAGGAUAAUAUAUUGCUACCAGGCAUUCCAUCUAUUCCUGCAAAUCCGCCAACUACAAGAACGCAGUCAGUUGAGUCAGAAGAUGAUACAUAUAAAACAGAAAGUGGUACCAAAUUGUCAGUUGAGCAAAUUGCUAAAGCUCAAAAACUUAUCAAAUGGGCAAGCAGCGCGUUGGACUAUGAUGACAUAGCUACUUCCGUAAUGAACCUUCGAAAAGUUUUGCAUCUUUUGACUACUGGCCAGGAACCUGCGUAGAUGAACGAAAUAGGUAGAAAACGCGUUCAGUAACAUCUUGCUUAUAAUUAUAACUGUAUUGAAUUUGUCGCCUGUAUCGCGUAUAACGGCAUAAAAGAUAUUUUACUAAUAUUUCGCAACUUUUACAACCUUUGGGUAAAGAUAAUAGUAGAUGAAUAAAAAGAGAGAGAUGAUUACAAUUAGCUAGUCAAAUCAACCUCGAAUAUGGUGCACUUACUGAAAAUAGGAAUCGUUACAGACUGUGUUUCCAGGUCGUAACUAUUGCUGUUUAAGAUGAGAGAUGUUAUAGUUUCAUUAUACAAGGUCCGGCCAAAUAAUAUGUACAAGCGGAUACGACGUGAUUCCUUAUGGAAAAAUAAAAAAAUAUAGAAUAACAUUUUUUUAAUUUUUGGCUUAGUUUUUGAGAAAAAGUCGAGUUUGAAAAUCCGCUGCGUACGCAUGUUGUUACAAUUAAGGUACGGUUCAUCGAGUGACGUAUAAUGUGUAUCGUUUAGAAACAACGCUCUACUACGCCGAACAAUCAAUUUUCAUUUAAAUAUCACGAUGAUGAGUUACGUAAAGGGAGUGUCGAUAUGGUCUAGGCUUUGGAAGCCUGUAAUGGUAAUUUAUUCUACUGUUCGCUAUUACAAAUAGCGAUAUACCUAGUAAUUGGUGUUUCCGAUCGAAAAAUCACGUCGAAAAAUCAAUGCUCGCUUGCACAUAUUUUUCGGCCGAACCCUGUAUUUAUUGAUAAUAUUUACUUUAAGAGUAUAAUAUCCUUUGUAAUAAAGGCUCUACAGCACCGCUACCUUGUUUUCCAAAUAAUUUUUAUAAUAUUAAUGAACUAUUUUUGCGAAAUAUCAUUGUUAUUUUGUUAAUAAAAUUAAGCGAGGAUUGAGUAUUUAAAUGGUACAACUUAAUUAUUUUGAAAGUAAAAAGUUUUGAAUUAGAUUGCUUUAAAUUAAAUAAACGACUUACAAGAUAUUUAGAAAUGGUAUAUGCUUUGUUUCUACAAGAGCUUUAGGAUUUAAUAAUUAUUGAUAAACAAACUUUCAACAAAACUAGUUGUAUUUUAUUUCACACGAUAUGUACAUCUAACAUCUCAUACAUAAUAUAUUUUUUUAUAUAAACUUAACACUAAAUGAGAUAAUAAAUAUACAAAAAUGUGUGCGUAUCAA